GACCAAUGAGUUCGGGACAAGAUGAUUAAUAUUACUAUCUAUUAUAUUCAUGCGAAAAAAGAGGUCUACAGAGGAUAGAAGAGAGGUGGCCGAGAGGUCAAAAAGAGGUGAAAAGAGGUCAAAAAGAGGUCCACAGAGGUGGAGAGGUGGCGCGGGAGGUCAUUCGGGAGGGUGGCCGAGAGGUGGCGCGAGUAUAGCCAGCCGAACCGGUCGCCCUAAAGCCGCGCCUAUGGGGCCCGGAGGUGGCCGAGAGGGUCGGGAGAGGGUAAGCGAGAGGGGGACAGAGGUGCCGAGAGGUUGCGCGAAUAAGGGCGAACCCCUCGCGCACCCUCUGGGCCACCUCUCGGCCACCUCUGUAGACCUCUACUGGCGAGUAUAGCCGGAUUAUUAGCAACACCUCUCGGGAGAGGCCAAAAAGAGGGCUUGCGAGAGGGUAAAAAAGAACCGAAUCCGCACGGCACGGGGCCGCUUUUGGUGGGACUGUUUCAUGGCGCAGGCCCACACCUCUCGCGCUACCCUCCCGCGCACUCUCUCGCGCACCCUCUCGCGGACCCUCUCGCGCGACCCUCUCGCGCGCACCGCUCGCGCCAACAGUUUCCGUCGGGAAGCCAAUUGGCCGGGGGCGGGCGUGUGUGUGAUCAACAAAGGGCAGCGCGGUCCGAGUUCUGCUUCGGCACCGAUGCCGAGGCGGCUUCUCUUCGCCCCCAAGCUUCGCUGCAGCUGCUCCCUGCGCAUAGCGCCUGAAGGCGCGGGAAGCGCGCAGGAGGCCCUGCGGGUUGACAUGGCGCAAACCGGCGCCGAUACUUCCUUCGAUCUGUCACGCUGUCCGUAAAGCCCUGUCGUUGUGGCUCGAUCCGCAAAUAGUCCUGCCCCGCCCCAACAGCCUUGCGCCCCGGCGUCAGCCGGGGCAUGGCUGGUAUUUAUAUAUGGAAGAAAACGGGGCUGGAGAGGGUACGGUAGAGGUUGGGGAGAGGUUUUAUAGAGGUAAAAUAGAGGGUCGGGCAAAGUGAGAGGGUCGGGGAGAGGUAAAGCGAGAGGUAGCGGAGAGGUUGGGGAGAGGGUGCGUAGUAUGUACGCCCUUACAGCGCGGCUAUACGCGCGCAGAGGUUGGGGAGAGGUCAAGUAGAGGGUAGGGGAAGAGGGUGUAGAGGGUCGGAGAGGGUGCGUAGUAUAGGGCGACCCUCUAGGCGACCCUCUACCCCGACCCUCUCCGGGAUCCUCUAUUUUACCUCUCGACGGACCCUCUCGGGACCUCUCCGACCCUCUCCCGGACCCUCUCCCGGACCCUCUCCGGGACCCUCUCCGAACCUCUCCCGGACCCGGACAUGAGAUACUAUACUAUCAUGGAGAGGGCAAGAGAGGGUCAAGAUUCCAAUGGUCCAAGAUGGCAGAGACCCGACUCCAAUCCAGAUUCCAAACCAGAGGGCAGAGACCCGACUCCAAUGGUCCAGGGAACCUCAUCUUGACCCUCAUGAAUCCUGGACCAAUGAGUUCGGGACAAGAUGAUACUAUACUAUGGUAAAUUCGACAUCAUGCAAAA